AUGCCGUCCUUCUCUAGUGACGGCCCUUACCAGUCAGCCACCGCUACCGCUACCCAUCCUCGACCCUUCGACUCGCCCCAGGGAAAACCGCACGAUAAGACCUCUGUCGGCAACACCUUCCUGUGGACCAACUGGCCCAAUGGGGACGCCAACCACAGCGACGGUCCCCCGAACGACCGUCAUCAUCUUGCCAAUGGCAGUGCCUACUCUCUGAACGGAGGACCCCGAUCGAGUGCCAGCUCUUACAACCGGGACCUCCCGCAUUCGAAAGACGGAAGCAUGCACUCGCUAGGAAAUGGAUCCGCCCGAGACCCUCGAGACACGGGGAGGCCUUCGAUGACGCUGGACAGGGAAUACACUCCGAGAUCCUCGGAUGUCGGCGCGGGUGCUGGUUCGAUGACUUCAAUGUCCGGCCAGCAGCCCAACGGCACGUCGCCGGGCCCCCGUUCGCUCGGUGGAAAGCCCAUGGUGAACGGUGACUAUUCCCGCCCCUCCGUUGAUGAACUGGCAUUUUCGGACUCGACAGGCAAUGUGACCGGAACGCGCUUGUCAUCCUCGCAGCCCGAAGACGCCGGCCACCUCUCGGCGGACGCCGGACGGUUAUCCCCUCCGCCAAAAGGACCCCAUCGCUACUCUUCUCCGCCCGUGCCGUCGAGCGUGGACGGCCCUUCUCAGCAGGAUCCGAGCAACCCCGGCAUUCGACAGCGACAUACCCUUCAGGUUCCCAGAACGACCAGCGGACGGCGCAGUAGUCGAGACCACUCCGAGGAUACUGCUUACAGCAGUGGCCGCCUAUCGCCCACGACGGGUGCCCGCCGUCCGUCCUUCAACCUUGGCCGCCGGGCCAGCCGAACAAAUCGCUCCGACACGUUUCCCGACGAGAUGAGUCCGGAUGACGACGCGGCUCGAUGGGCCGAGGCCAUCAAGCACAGGAGGGCCUCGAGGCGAAAGCGCCGGGACGACGACGACGACGAGCGCGUUAUUGUCGGAACCAAGGUGGACCAGAACCAUGUGAAUUGGGUUACGGCCUACAACAUGCUUACGGGAAUUCGGUUUACCGUGUCGAGGAUCAACGCGAAGAUGGAUCGCGAACUAACGCCGGCUGAUUUCGAAGCCAAGCAUAAAUUCUCAUUCGACAUAACUGGUAACGAGUUGACGCCCUCCGCCAAGUACGAUUUCAAGUUCAAAGACUAUGCGCCGUGGGUUUUCCGAAGUCUCCGAAACAAAUUCCGCAUCGAUCCUGCCGACUACUUGAUGUCCCUGACCAGCAAGUAUAUUCUGUCGGAACUGGGCUCGCCCGGUAAAAGUGGAAGCUUUUUCUAUUUCUCGCGGGAUUACAAGUACAUCAUCAAGACGAUUCACCAUUCGGAACACAAGCUGCUACGCAAGAUCCUUCCGGAAUACUACAAGCAUGUUGAGAAGAACCCUAACACGCUCAUCUCCCAAUUCUACGGCCUCCACCGCGUGAAGAUGGCGUAUGGUCGGAAGAUCCACUUCGUCGUUAUGAACAACCUCUUCCCGCCCCAUCGGGAUAUCCACCAAACGUUCGAUCUGAAGGGAUCUACAAUUGGUCGUGACUUUCGCGAAGAGGACCUCGAAAAGAAUCCCAGGGCGACUCUGAAGGACUUGAACUGGGUUCGAAGAAACCGACAGCUUCAGUGCGGCCCAUCGAAACGGGAGUUCUUCCUUGCGCAGCUUGAGAGAGAUGUGGAAUUGCUGAAGAAGCUCAAGAUCAUGGAUUACUCUCUUCUGGUGGGAAUCCACGAUGGCGAACGAGGCAACGAGGAGAAGCUCCGUGACAAGACGUUGCAAGUCUUUUCACCCGGAGGUGACCGUGAAGAAGAGGCAAAUCCCAACAUGCUGAUGCGAACACCCUCCAAGCUGGAGAGUGAGCGCAAGGCGCGCGAGUUACGGAUGUCCCUCAAACGAGAACGUCCGGUGCCUCUCGAUAAGGCCACCGCGAAGAUGCCGGAGGAGAUCCUUGACGAACGCAAAUUCCAUGUGUUCUAUUCCGAUGAUGGCGGGUUCCGUGCAACCCAUGAGAACGGGCAAGCCGGAGAAGAGAUUUACUACCUCGGAAUAAUCGACUGUCUGACACACUAUGGAACCGUGAAGAAGAUGGAACAUUUCUUCAAGGGACUCUCCAAUGAUCGGACUCAAAUAUCACCAGUUCCCCCGGAAGGGUAUGGUGAUCGUUUCAUCCAUUUUAUCAAGGGUAUCACGAUGUCGAAGGAGGAAGCCGAGCGACACCGGGAGUCCCGGGUCUCUGAACAGCGUUCGUCUUCCGUUGAAAGGACAAUGCAGGCGGCUGAGAAAGAGGCGGCUAAAGAUGUGUCAAUAGCCACCCCUCGAACGUUGUCGACUGUGCGGGACCCGGCAGACCCCGGCGGUAGCGUGCCUGCGUCGACUCUACCCAUUGUCGAUGAGGCCGGCGAGGCCAGCAGUGUUGGAGGCCAAAGCCAGCACAGCCGACAGGGCCCGUCGCCAGUCCCAGAGAAGGAUCUACCGCCGCUGCCCAAUCAUCACCAUAACCAUCACCAUCACGCUUUUGGAUUCGGCGGAAAAGGAAAGGCGGUGGCUUAA